UUGUUCAUGGCAUCACAGACUUCUGGAGUUGCAUCGAGCAACAGUGGCGCCAGCAACUCAACGACGACAACAACAUCAUCAUCACAUGCAGAUAUUGCAAGCUAUGUAGUGUUUAGGAAUAAGAUACAACAGAAUAGUAGUACGUUCAACCCGAUGGACAUGCAUCCAGUGCACCCAUGGUUAUUGUACGCCGACCAGGACAACAACAUCGUCGUGCAGAACUACAUCACCUCGCAAAAGAUACUCAACUUCUCGAUUGGCCAGCAUGACGAGGAGCGUCGCGAGCUCCAGCUGCUACAGCGCCGCAUACCGACGCUGUCGGCGCUGGCCAACUUCCCCGUGCCGUUCCCCUUGUCGGGCGGCUCGGGCACAGCCACAUCUCCCAACUCACUCACAGUCACGUCGACACUCAGCGCGCAGAACUCGCCACUCUCACCCGCCUCGCCAAUGUCCAGCAACUACACGCUCGUGUCGCCAACACAGAACAUCAACAUGAACAUGAACAUGAACAACACGUUGCAUCGCUCGCCCAACAAUACCGUGCGAGUUGGUGCCCACCCCUCCGUCUCGAACGAUCAUAUAGUGGCCAGCGCGAGAGUUGCCGCAGCCGGCGACAUCGGUGACAACAACGCAAACGUGGUCAACGAGAAGCUGGAGAAGAUGGGUCAGGUGAGGUUCCUGCACUUCUACGAUAAGUACACGCGUGCAAUCAAGGAUCGCAAGGCAAAGACAUCUCAGGGCAAGCUACAGAAUGUGAAGGCGGGUGCAGGCACAAGCGUGGCCAACACUAUUGGCAGCGAUGACUACAUCGUCGUUGUGGCAGACAACCGCAUCGUCUUUAUCAACUACCAUUCGCAGCGUAUACGCGAGGUCAAGGUGCCCAUCUUUGAGCUGAAGCCGCCCACCUCCAUCGAGUUCUUCUCAAACUCGCCCCUCGUAGCCUUUGGCUGCAGCGACUCCACCGUUCGCAUCUGGAACGUUGAGAAAUGGGAGCUUGAGAAGCCACUGACCGGUGGUCACUCAAAGAACAACACGACCAUCACCAAGAUGAAGUCUAUCGAGGUCGAGGGCGACUUGUUGGUAACUGCUGGUAGUGAUGGAUUCACAUGCUUGUGGAACAUUAGGACAGGUACACUGGCGACUCAGUUCCCAAAGGUACACGAGAUCAUAGAUAUAUCCUAUGAUCAUGUGACUGGACAUAUCUUGGUGCUCACAUCAGACAGAGUGGUUUUGAUCUAUGACAUUGUCACGAUGAAGGAGGUGUCCAAGGUCAACUGUGGCAAGAGGGAGUUUGCCAGCGUCGAGCCAUUCUAUCAUCCACGCUUCCAACAGGACAUCAUGCUCACAAUGAAGAACCCAGCGCAGGUCGUUCUGCUCAGUCGCUCGCAGAGCACCAUCAAGGAGCAGGUGUUUGAUCUGGACCAGAUCCUGAACCCGGCCAAGAAGGACAAGGUGAAGCUGUACAGAAUGAUGCAGCACCCACUUCAGCCAAACUUGUGGCUGGCAUGGGUCAACAGGAGCCUCACCCUGCUGUCGACGAUGGCCAGCGCACUGCCCGUGUACGCCACAGCCGUUCAGGGCGGGGAGCACGUGUACUUCCCAUACAAUGGCUUCCUCAACUCACUGCCACUCACUGGCAUCAUCAACGCCGAACGUACAGUCAUCAAGGAGAUACCGAUCGCAGCAUGCGACCCCGUACGUCUGGAGAUCAGUCCUUCAGGCCGCCGUCUGAGCGUGCACUACGUCAUGACGGGCCAGUACCAGGUCUACGAGAUUGGAGCAUGGAAGCUGCUGGAGAAGGGCGCGGCCAUCGAUGUGGCCUGGAGUGGACGCGGCAAAGAAGAUGGCGUCGAGCGAUUCGGACGCGUCGAGCGCGUCUUUGACAGCUCGAACGACCCAGUCAAGAAGAAGAAGCUCACACUUGGCGUCCUAACCACCAAGAAGAAGAAGGAGGAAGAGGCCACAUCAAAGAUUGUACUCAAGACUCGCGAGUUCCCAAGCAACGCCACGCAGGAGCUGACAUUGCACACCAACGAGGACAAGCUGAGCAGUGGACUGUUGCUCGGCGUCUAUCACAGGGAGAACGCGUUGGGCUCAUCGGCGUCGGCGUCAUCGACCGGCGCAAGUUCUCCAACAAGUUCGGCACCACUGGAACCACCCAUUCAGACAUCGGGUCAAGAGAAUGAGUCCAAGUCAUUGCAGCUGUACGAUUGGUGGACAUUGCAGCCUGUUGGCGAACAGAUGCCACCUCCCCUGAGGAUGUAUUGGGAUCACAACCAGACCUUCUGUGUCUUUGUGUAUACCAAUCACUUCUGUCUCUUCAAGAUCAGACCCAGCAUCCAACUCGUGUGUCGCUGGCCCCUUACCCUUACAUCGGCCCUCUGGCACCACAACAUCCUUUUCUUCUCAACCGCCAAUGAUAUACAAUGUCUCUUCCCCAAUGAUCAUGAGAGCUCGCCACUGAUCUUGGCAUCAAUGAAUGGCGUGGUGUUCCCUGAGGAUCUGUACGAGGUCUCGUCGGGCUCAAUGUCAAAUACAAAGCCAAACCAGAGCUUCUCACUACUGCCACAGUACAGACCUGCUGGCCCGAUCGCCCUGGUCGAGGUCAACAAUGAGGGCCUGGUCGUGGUGGACAGCAGCCAUCGCUUCUACUGCCUCCCACUGACUCACUAUUUGUUCAAGUUCCUGUCACUGACACAAAUGGAGUUGAUUGAACAGGCUAUGAAGUGUGCUGCAAUGGUCGACCCCAAGUAUCACUACCUGAUGGCCAAGUUCCUCACGGUGCGCGGCUAUGCCAAGGAGUGUCUGCAACUCAAUCGUAUCUCCAAUCAUCUCAAGUUCCAGAUAUGUAUCAAUAGUGAAGCCUACCAGACUGCUUUGGACCUGGUUCCAUUGAUUGCCGAGGCCAUCAAGAGCAACAGGACAGCAUUGCUCUCUGCCAAUCCCGAUGAGAACACCCUCUCCUAUCUCGGCAAGAAAUGCAUUGAGAUUGGUCAUCUUUGUCAAAAGGCCAACAACCAAGACACGGCCGAGCGUGCCUUCAAGCUGGCCACCUCACUCGAGCCCCAGUCUGGAUAUCAAGAGUUAGCGUUACACUAUAUUCACAACAAGAAGCUAUCCAAUCUGAAGGAGAUACAGCAGACCAUUCAGCAACUGUACCCACUGGAGAGCAGUCUAAUUUCACUCUUGGUCGAUUGA